AUGAGCGAUAAGUUCCAUAAAGAGCUCUUUUUCCCCAAAAAUGAACUUAAAAGCAAUGAAAAUACUAUUACACCUGCUGAGAUGGGCAUUCCAAACAUAUAUCAGACUACCUCAUUACAACCUAGGCUUUGGAUUGAACUUACUCCAAUGAUCCGUGUACCGAUAAGUUGCAAUGAAAUUCGAGAUCAAGUCUUUCAAGCAUUGGAAGAAAUACAUUUAGGCGCUUUUUUGCAUAAUUCGGGUCCAAUUCUGAAUGAGUUUGUCGAACUCCUAAGCAAUCCGAUAAGUUUUCAAGACCCCAGUAUGCUUAAUGAUCUCCACCCGGUAGUCUACUAUUUGGCCGGCUUGACCAGAGAAUCUUUAAUCCAAGUAGUUGGAAAGUUGACAGACAGCUCCCCUAUAUCUAUAAUAUUGAGCAAAGUGAACGGGAUCGAGCUAAGUCCUCAUUUACAAAAUAAAACCAAAGAAUAUGCCUUGACAGCCUAUUCUGAUUUUGCUAGGCUAAAUAGGAGCAACGCUUUUCUUCUGAAGUUGUAUGACUUGGUAUCUGGAAACGAAUUAUAUUUCGUUACUACUUUAGUCAUAUGCACUUUGCAUGCUUUCAUUCAUAUGUUUGAGCCAGCCAAAGUGGACACAUUUCGACAAAAAGAAGAUGAUGUACAAGAGAGGAAUAAUUCACAGAGUUCAUCUGAUGUCGGUGAAAAUAUUCUAAAUACUAUUCAUCAAAUGAGGCUAAAUGAUUACUUAGAUACGAAAAUUUCAGAAAUAGAACUGAAUGGUCAGUUCCGUGAGAUCAAUGCAGACGAAUACAAUUACGGUCACUCUUCAUUGAUAAAUUCACCGACCUCAUGGGCGUCUUCUAACGCAACAGAGAACAGGAAAUCAAUAUGGGAUAAUAAUUACUCACGUUUGGAUUCUCCAUUCACUCCAGAAUUUUUGACGGCAAUAAAUUGGAAUCAACCUGCUUCCGAUUUUAAUGCACACGAUGAAUUACAAAAAGCAUCUGUUGAACAAGAAGAGAAGAACUUAGGUAGUGAGCAACCUGAGGGUAUGUAUGCUCCAGAUGAGGAAUUUUCUGCACACUAUCAGAUUAUAAAAUCAGGAUUGUUUGGGAGCAUCUACAAUCUUUUUGGAAAUAAGAACAUAGUGCCUAUAAAGGAAUUACUUCGUAAUAAGGAUGUCAUUGAAAAAAUCGAUAGAUUGACAGAUCUUUUGGUGAUCAGAGAAAUGGAGCUUGAGGAGGGCACCAUAGAAGAAUCAAGAGAAGUUCAUGAAGCUAAGUCCACUGAUACUUUACAAGAUGACGAGGCAGCCCAGCAAAAUGAAAAGAACAUUUCUAGAAAGUUGAAGGUCCUUAAAAUACUGUCCAAGAAAGAGGAACAGCGUCCAAAGUCAUCCACACAUACACCUACACUCACACCUUCUGUGCCUUCGACUCUAAAGCUUGAGCAGAAGAGAGAGCUGAACUCGGUACCCAUAGACCAAUUUUCUAAUGCUUACCAUCAGGUUAGUCAGAAACUAUCAAAUAAACUAGAUAACCAAACUGAUACUGAAAAUUUUGAUCAUACCUAUAAAGCAAAUCAGAAGCAAAUCGUUAAUAAUCACCUGAAGGAGUUUAGUGGCUUAAACGAAACUAACAUGAAGAGUUUAAGAGAAUUCUCGAAAAAGUGGGCAGAGAAGCAUGAUUUGAAAGAUGAAUCAGAUGCUGGUAAAGAAGCUAUAAACUCGCCUCGUGAUGUAAUGACACCUUCUUCCAAAAUAUCACAGGCCAUGCAAGGGUACGAUUCAAUUAUAAAUAGUACGAAGACCGAGAAAUCCAACAACAUCACGACGGAAAUCGAAAAUGAGGAAUUAGCUAUCAAAUCAGAGAAUUUUAAGGGCGGGGUUGGUACAAAUGAAGUUGGUGUACAGCAGUUUGACCAUGAUUCUAUGAAAAUUCAAGAACUUAGCCUGAAUAUUGAUAUUGUUCAAACUUUAUUUCCCAAAUUGAAAAGGAAUACGACAGAAGAAAUGUUUAAAAUGUGUUAUUUCGAUUUAGAUGCUGUGCUAGACCUUUUGUUUUCUGAAGAGCUUGCACUUGAUGCAACCAUAAGUAUCGUACUCGAGAAUAUAAGCGAGCAAGAAAUGAGUUUCGAAGAACAGUAUUUAUUUGCUAUAAGGUAUUUCCCCAAAUUGACUCGUCUGGAGUUAAGUUCCAAAUUGUCAAUGAAUAUGGGAAACUUCAAGCACACACUUCAAAGACUUUACUUUGACAACGAAACGUAUUUCGAUGCUUCAAGUACAGUAAGUGUGAACAAUGGAAGUAGUGAAUCGAAAAGAGAGGAGCCAGAAGUAAUAAAAAUAAUGCCUGAGGUAGGUGUGUUACAAGAGUUACUUCCAAAUGUUGAGAAGGAAGUGCUCAUGCGCAGUUUGAAGAGGUAUAACUUCGAUGUAAAUAAAGCGUAUGAAAGCUUAGCUGAAGUACAGAAGAGUACAAACUCACCUCCUGCCGAAUCAACUGACAGUUCUUGGAAGAAAUUCGAUGUUGAUGCCACCAAAGUUCAAGAAAUCACUCAUAUACCGAUGAAACAAGUUAAAAGCUACCUCCACAAGAACAAGGGUAAUUAUUUGGAAACGAUAGUAGAUAUUAUAUUGAACUACAAGCAUGAAAAUACGGGUAAUACAGAUUCAAACGUUCUUAAAGGUGGAAGAGUACAAUACAACAAUAUAAGCAACAAAACCACACCCAUUGAGGUAGUAACGGAUGAUCCCAAUAGUGAAGAAUACAAAUAUGACCCACACAGCAAAGAAGCCCAAGAGUUAAGAGCAGUCUAUCUUGGAAAUAAAGAGUUUCGUGAAAACAUGAGCGAAACAUUCUUCACUAGGGGACUAGUAUUCUUCAAGGGAGAUUAUUCUCAGGUGCUUAACGUUGCAUUUUUACUUUGGGAGAACAAUUCCUUGCGUUUACUGUUUGCAACACCUCAAAAGAAGAAUAAGUUGAGCAUUGUGCUAGACGAGAUUAAUGGAGGCAUUAAGUUGCCAGAUAAGAAGUUGCCUGUCAAAGUGAAGGCUACAGAGGGAAGAAGUGCCAUUCCGCAUGCAAGCGGAAUGUCUUACAAUGGGUCUGAGCAACUAGACUUACAUGGUAUGACAUCCAAGGAUGCAGUUAAUAAAGCAGAAUACGCAGUGAAGAAAUGGUGGGCGCUUGAAAGUGAACAGAGAAUUGCCGAUGGAAGAAUGCACAAAUUUGGAUCAAUUGCACAGUUUUGUCUGCCCCUAAGUAUCAUCGUGGGAAAGGGGAUUCAUUCCACAGGAGGAAGAGCCAAAAUAAAGCCUGCAGUUACCAAAAUGUUAGAAAGGAAUAGAUAUGUAUUCGAAGACCUGCUGGGAGCAUUGGUAGUAUUGGGAAAGAGAUGA